CUAACGGACCAACUGUGAAAAGGGCUCGGACAUCAAUCACUCUCUUUUGAGCCAAGACAGGGCUGAGACUGCGGCUCAGAGAGAGGAGAGAGAGAGUUUGGGGUAGAGAGCGUGAGAGUAAGAGUUGAAAAGAGAGUUCAAGAGAGAGUGUGGCCAUGUCUUUGGAGUUGUCUAUAUUUUUUUUUUGUUUUUGCCUUUCAUUCGGCCAGCGAACCUCGAAGCGGGAGGUCGCUUCUAUUUUUUUACCAGAAAGCUCAUCCCCUUGCUCCUAAAAAGCAGGCACGCAUGCGCAAAAUAAACAAAAAAAAAAAACUAUAAAAAAUCGAUAUAAUAUUAUAAAAAAUAAAAAAGUGAUUAAAAAAAGAGAGCAAACAAGAGAGAGAACAAGCUUAAGUGAGUGCGUAAGUAAAAGAACACAAACACAGGGCACAAAAAAGUGUGCCAAACGCAAAAAAAUCUUUAAAAAAGGAAGAAAAGAAAUCAAAGUAAACGAAGAACAAGAAAUAAGGCUUAAAAAAAAAAAAAGAAUACGCACAAAAAUUCUCAACCAAAGCCGGCAGAGACGGCGACAGCGACAGCGACGCCUACGCAGAAGCUUUCUCAACGAAAGUGAUUCAUGCCGCUCUCUGCUUGUUGUUGUUGUUGUUGUUGCUUUCUGUUAUGCAUUUCUCUUUGGCAAGUGUUUACCGUACCAUUUACCAAACCCAAUUUUUUUUUCUGAGUGUCUGUGUGUUUUUUUUUCUAUUUUUGUUGUUGUAAGUACCUGGGCAGCACUGCCGGCGUCGCUGCGUCGCUUUUUUGUACCUUGAACUUGAUCGGCGACAGCAGCAGCAGCGGCAGCGGCAGCACAUUCAACUCUUCCAGCAGCAACCAGUUUGCAACAACAACAUUAACUUUGUAAUUGCCACUAGUUGAAGCAACUAACAACAACAACAACUAGCCAACUAAACAAAAACAACAUCUAAUGCUUAGUAGACACUUAUUAUGCAAAAAACACUGGCCGGCAGGAGGAAGUGCUUACUUUUGCUUCCCAGCUUCUCGUUGAAAAUGUUAAAAGCCAAACGGAAACAUAAAUACAAAAAAUAUAAAAAAAAUCACGCCCCGAGAGACUUGGAAGUUGGCCAGUAGACCGAACGAGCGACCCAUUUCCUCCAAAGACUCCUCCUCCUUUCCUCCCCGAAAACCUACAGUCCCAGAGAGACUCCCAGAAUGAGUUCGGCGAUUGCGGGAGCCGCUUCGGCGAUCGGUGGAGCUGUCACGGCGGCCACCAGCAACAGCUGGUUCAUCCCGAUGCUGAUGGCCGCGGUGGCCUACUUCCAGUACGAGGAGAUCAUCGAUCCGGAGUCCAAGCCCAGCGACAUUGGAGGCGACGAGAUCCUCGACCACUAUGACUUUAUAGUGAUAGGAGCCGGAUCGGCGGGGGCGGUGGUGGCCAAUCGGCUGACGGAGGUGGAGAACUGGAAUGUCCUGCUCCUGGAGGCGGGCGGCGAUGAAACGGAGCUCACGGAUGUGCCACUGAUGGCGGGCUAUCUGCAGCUCUCCAAGGUCGACUGGCAGUACAAGACGGAGCCCUCGGGGACAUCCUGCCUGGCGAUGCAGGGGGGAAGGUGCAACUGGCCGCGUGGCAAGGUCCUCGGCGGCAGCUCUGUCCUCAACUACAUGCUCUACUUGCGGGGAUCGAAGCACGACUACGACAACUGGGAGGCCAUGGGUAAUCCGAGCUGGUCCUACCGCGACGCCCUCUACUACUUCAAGAAGUCGGAGGACAACACCAACCAGUACCUGGCCAAUACACCGUAUCAUGCCACCGGUGGCUACCUGACGGUGGGGGAGGCGCCCUACCACACCCCCCUGGCCGCCAGCUUCGUGGAGGCGGGCGUGGAGAUGGGCUACGAGAACAGGGAUCUGAAUGGGGAGAAGAUGACUGGGUUCAUGAUCGCCCAAGGCACCACCCGACGCGGAUCAAGGUGCUCCACCUCGAAGGCCUUCCUCCGACCGGCCAGGCUCCGGCCCAACCUGCACAUCUCCAUGAACUCCCACGUGACCAGGAUCAUGAUCGAUCCGGUGACCAAGUUGGCCUUUGGCGUGGAGUUUGUCAAGGACCAGAAGCUCUACCAUGUCCGGGCCACCAAGGAGGUGGUCCUGUCCGGUGGGUCGGUGAACAGUCCUCAGCUGCUGAUGCUCAGCGGGGUGGGGCCUAGGAAGGAGCUGGCCAAGCACCGGAUACCCCUCAUCAAGGAGCUGAGUGUCGGGGAGAACCUGCAGGACCACAUCGGACUGGGCGGACUGACGUUCCUCGUCAACCAGCCGGUGUCCAUUGUGGAGAAUCGAUUCCACACCAUGUCCACUGUCCUCCAGUACGCCGUGUUCGGCCAGGGUCCUCUGACCAUCCUGGGCGGGGUGGAGGGACUCGCCUACGUGAACACCAAGUACGCCAAUAGCUCCAUGGACUGGCCGGACAUCGAGUUCCACUUCGUGUCGGGAUCGACGAACUCCGACGGUGGCUCCCAGCUGCGAAAGGCCCAUGGCCUGACGGAGUCCUUCUACCGGGCGGUCUUCGAGCCGAUCAACAACCGGGAUGCCUGGAGCAUCAUCCCCAUGCUGCUGCGGCCCCGGUCCGUGGGUAGCAUCCGGCUGCGGAGCGGCAACCCCUUCGACUAUCCGUACAUCUUCCCCAACUACCUGACCGACGACUUCGACAUGAAGACCCUGAUCGAGGGCGUCAAGAUCGCCGUGGCCCUGUCCCGGACGAAGGCGAUGCAGCGCUUCGGCUCCCGGCUGUCCAGCAUCCGUUGGCCGGGCUGCGAACAGGUGCCCCUCUUCACGGACGCCUUCUGGGAGUGCAUGAUCCGGCGGUACACGUCCACCAUCUACCAUCCGGUUGGGACCUGCAAGAUGGGCCCCUACUGGGACAAGGACGCCGUGGUGGACGCCAAGCUGAGGGUGUACGGCAUCCGGGGCCUGAGGGUCAUCGAUGCCAGCAUCAUGCCCAAGCUGGUGUCCGCCAACACCAAUGCCCCGGUGAUCAUGAUCGCCGAGAAGGGCAGCGACAUGAUCAAGGAGUUCUGGAUCAAGAACACCAUCGUGUAGUCUUAGAACAGGAACUGUUUUGGGUGUUUUUGGGAAGAGAUUUAAGGGAGAUAGCUCUGAGAUUCUUCGGAGAAUGAUUCUCCGGAGAAAUCUCUUCCCAAAACACUCAGAAUCCAGCCAGUGAGUGCGAGUGAGUGUCUUCGAGUGUCUGAGUGACCGACUGAGUGUGAAUCUUUGAGUGCCUCUGAGUGUACAUGUCCUAGUUUUAAAUCUUAAAAAUAAAUCAACUAACAAUUAACAAUUUAA